GAUCUAACUGGGACUAUCUCUACAGGAACAAAAGGGAGCUGACCCAGGAUCUCCAGUACCAAGUGCAAUGGGAUCCACAGGACUGUAUUUUUAUGGACACUGUGUUGUUAUGUUCCUUCUUCAGAUGAAUACAGCAAACUCAGAGCUAUUUACAGUGACUGGCUCAGAUGGGCCAGUCUUGGCUUCAUUGGGUGGAAACUUAGAACUCAGUUGUCAGUUGUCUCCACCACAACAAGCCCAGCACAUGGAGAUUCGCUGGUUCCGGAACCUCUAUAGAGAGCCCGUGCACCUAUACAGAGAUGGUAAAGACAUGUUUGGAGAGAUUAUCUCCAAGUAUGUGGAACGGACAGAACUACUAAAAGAUGCGAUUGGAGAAGGGAAAGUGACCCUUAGGAUCUAUAAUGUGACUGUUGAUGAUGAUGGAUUUUACCACUGCGUGUUCAAAGAAGGUGAUUUUUAUGAAGAGCACAUCACAGAGGUCAAGGUCACAGCUAUAAACUUACGGGUACAGAUUCAUGUGCAUCCACCUAAUACCAAAGGUGUGAUAGUGGAAUGUCACUCUGGAGGUUGGUUCCCACGGCCUCUCAUGGAAUGGAGAGACAGCAGAGGGGAGGUCAUUCCAGCUGCAUCAAAAUCCCAUUCACAGGGUGGAGACAGACUGUUCAAUAUGAAGAUAUCCCUUCUCAUUAGUGACAGCUCCUUCCAGAAAAUCACUUGCUGCCUUCAGAACCCUCUGACAGGCCAAGAGGGAAGGACAAGUGUUAUCUUAUCAGAUGCAUUUUUUUCAUGGAAUAUAAUUUGGAAAAUGAUUCUGGGUAUAAUAUUAUUUGUGAUGGUGCUCUCCAUCUUGGUUUCUAGUUUUCUCCUACAUCCUGAACAUAACAGGUGUAGGUGUACAUGUGAUGCUCCUUGGGUGACAGGCAUAUUAAUAAUGAUAUUUUCGGUGGUGAUUGUCAUAUCAAUCAUGGGGUAUUUACAUUUGAAACAAAGAGUUCCUGUUUCAGAUGCACAUUUUGAAUUGGACAUUUUGUGGGUGGAAGAUUUAAGUGUAAUCCUGUGUUCACUGAUGGUUUCUGCUACCAUGCUCAUUUCCUACACAUACUUCAAACUGAGAGAUUUGCCACAUAAUCAUCCUCAGAGAGACUUCUCAGCAACUGAUGGAAACAGAUGCAAAAGAACCACAUCUAAACAUUAA